AAAGACUUAGAAAGGCUGGGACAGGUUCAUUGCACUGAAAGGCUACAACCUCCAAGGCUGAUUGAAGGUGAAGGAACGACCGACUGCCACCACUUGUCUAACUUCAUACAACUACUCACAUAUUCUGUUAAUCUAAACUGCAUCACAGGACAAAUAAAACACUUUAUCCCUGAAUAGAAGCAUUAUUUUAUUUCCUCUAGCUAGCUUCGUAGAAAAGCAACAACUAACCCACGAGAAGCUCUAGCCAAGUCUUCCGUGAUUACUACAGUGUUCAGCAGGACGUUGGAUCCUUUUUAACGUAUCACCCAUAAGAGAAACACACAAGAAACAAAGUACGUGCCAUAAGGGGAAAAAAAGUAACAGCCGUGUGAACCAACAUGGCCUCAUCCGAACGAAAAGCUUUCAAAAGUGAAAAGCCACACAAGUGUAAAUCCUUCCGAAGCAUCCAGAAUAUCUGCCUCCCUCCCCUGAGGCCUUUGCGCAAAGCAGACUUGAAGCCAGACAUGGAGAACUACCGGCACGGCUGUACCAGGAAUUCCAUGUUUUGUAACCACCUCAUCCUGAAACCAGAAUUAGGAAGGACCCGAAGAAUUUGCAACAUGUUACCAGGAUCUGAUUUUGUGUAUGGAAUGCAAAACUCCUAUGGAGACAGCGUGGCUGAAACAAUCGGACAAUGGAGAACACGUCCGGAUGCUCCUCCUCUGAAAAAAAUCCCAUGUAAUUUUCUCAACCUCAAUGCAAAAGCUGUACAGGCUGGCUUAGUUACUCCUGCCGAGUACCAUUCGUUCAGACUGAGUUACGAACAAACCCAAGCAAUUAAAAAAGCUAUACAGGCUGGCUUAGCUUGUCUCGCUGACUACCAGGCUUUCAGAUUGGGUUAUGGCCAAACCGAACCAAUUAAAAAAAACAAACCACUGCUAGAAGACAUGCCCAAAAAGCUGCACAGCGAUCAAAACGUCACUAUAACCGACCUAAUCCAGCAGAAGUUCAAGAACCAAUGGAUACAGAAAAGAAUUAUGAAAGAUGCGAUUCAUUACAACGGGGUCAAGCUCAGACCAAGAGAAGGUUACUACCAGACCUGUGGCGCCAAGAUCAGACAGUAUCGUCCACAAAUCAAACCAUCCCCUCCGUGGCAACUGGCCCAAUUUCAGAAGGCUGAAGCAUGUCUCAACACCUUCUCAGAUGAGAAGAUUCACCAAAAGUCACUCAAGAACUUCCGUGAAGAAGCCCCCAUGAGAUGCGGCGCCCUUUCUCUGGGCAAUUACACUAGCGCAUUUUAAGAAAAUUUACCUUAAUGAAGAAAUAGAAGAACACUGAAAAUUAUCAUUAGAAUGAAAGGUACUACAGUUGUCUGGGGUUUGUUUGUUUUUUGCAUUGUGCUCUCAAACUUUUAAUAAAAAGGGAUGUAGUUCAAACU